AUGAUUUAUUUUAUCCACAAUAACAGUCUGAUGCUUUUAUAGUUAUGCAAAUUUCAAAACAACCGCUUUAUUCUGUUGCAAGAUUUUAACAUACAAAGCCAGAAUGACAAAUCAAUUUCUCAUCUAAGUUUUUCUGAAUUAGACCACAAAAACAAUUUGACUCUCCAUUUUCUAAACAUGCUGAAAUACAUGUUCCUGUAGCAUGAUUGAAGAUAGUUUCAGUAUUAUCAAGACAAGCUUUUUAUUGAACCAAAUUCAUACAAUUUUGAUAAUUAGUUGAAGUGCAUUCUGAUAUACAUAUACCUUUUGAUUGGAAAGAACAAUAAGAGGAAGAAAAGCAGGUUUCAUAAGAACUUAUUCCACAUAAACAAUUAUUUUAAUAUUCUGA